AAACGGGAUAUCUGGUUUUUAUAUUUGGAUGCGUCUCAAUUUACCGAAUCCGCCUAUGUAACACUUCCGCAUCUGCGGUGACAGAAAACAUCGGUCUUCUCACAAAAGCGUCUGUAGCCUCCGAACGGUUUGGCCUAAACACUAAUAUGACUCAUCUGUGUAAAGCUUCACAUAGGUGCUGGGGUGUAUGUACUUCAACCGCACAGGAGUGCCUUAUUCAUCGUCUGCCGAAGUUCUAAACGGAAAGGGUUCAACACCUGCCAAUAGGAUCCGUUUGAGGUCUGUACUGAGGUAGAAUAUAUUCGUCUGAGAGACCAGCACACGAUGUCGUCGUUCACCCGUGAAAAACUGUCUUUGCACCUUCGGCGCAGAAUGGGGGUGUUUGUGAGCAGAGUGAAAGCCACAGAGCUCAUGGCCAAUCUCCCUUGCCUUACACCUUCUGACAAGGAGGAGAUCCAGGCCAAGAAGGACUUUUCUGGUAACUAUGCAGCCAUGCAACUCCUGCUGGACUAUGUACAGAAGCGAAUGAACUGGCCAGAAGAGUUGAUGUCAGCCCUGGAGCUGUUGGAGCAUCAGGACCUGGCUGAUGAACUGAGAGCAGAGUGGAACAAGCACAACCAGAACAAUCCCUACCCUCCUUCAGCUGCCGCUACCACCGCAGUCAGGACCCGUGUUCAUCCAAUUCCUUCUACCAGCUCUGGGGGAUCUCCAUGUUCUCUGGUCCUCCCAGGUCAGCCUGCCCCACCGGAGGUAGCUGCCCCACCGGAGGCUUCACUCCCUCCUGAAGUAGCCCCAGAGGUUUUGCCACCUCCUGUAGUGGCUGCUCAGCCAGAAGCCCCCCCAAGCUCAGUUCCCGAGGCUCCCAUGGCUGGCUCCUCUUCAAAACAUGCUCCCAAAGCAGCAGUGAGCCCUGAAAUAGCCUCAGAGGCAGCACCUUCUCCUGUUGCGGCCCCUCAGGCAGAGCCCCAGGCAGCCCCUCCGUCUCCUGUCUCAGUGGAGGAGCCCACGGUGAUCUCUCAACCUCCAGCCUCAUCCCAGCCUGGUUCUGUUGAAACAGUCAGUCUGGAGGACGACUUGUGUCAUAGUGAUGCUCCGACACAGAUAGCCCUGUCUGAAACCACUCCUACCUUGUCUGGUUCACACCUAAUCCCAGUUGUAUCUGAAAUCACUCCCACGUUGCCUGUCUCACACCUAGCCCUGUCCCAAACUGAAUCCACCCCCACCCCUGCUGCCUUGGCAACAUUCAAGUCCCCUGAGAGACGGCCAGUUCAGGACACCUCGCCACACACAGUCAAAGUGCCGACCUUCCACCAGGAGGCUGUGGAGAACUCUGAUCCAACCCAGGUGACUGAAGAUGCGCAACACACUGAGCCGUCUCAGAGCCAGCACUUCUCCCCGGUCGCGACCCCAGCGGAUACCUCCAUGAAUGAGGAUGAAGUGAACUUUAGCAAGCCUGAAGUCCUCCGCAGUGAGGUCAUGGACAGCCAGCCAUACUCAGGAGACUCAACGCGUCUGCAGAGGUCUGUGUCAGACCUUGUACUUGCAAACAGUCGUGUUGUCAUCCCCGACCCCGUGACUACUUCCACCCCUCUGCCAUGUCAGGAGAAUGGAGUUCCUGAGGAAAUAAUCGAACCCCUGUCCCAUAACGAGCCCCAAGAGGACACCUACGAGUCCCCCUGCCUGAGCUCCCUGGGGGACCAGGAGGUGCUGCUCAAUGUUGUUCACGUGUCUGAGGACGCGUCCAUCCAGAACAACGACGGCCAGACACCGAGCAUGCUGGGUUUUGUAGUCCACGUGUCCGAGGAGCCAUCUAUCUGGAAUCAAGAUGGCCAAACACAGAGCAUGCUGGGUAAUAAUGAUGUGGGUGUGUCUGGAACCCCCCUACCAGUUCAGAACCACAACAGCCAAUCUCAGAUCACACCUCUCUCUGGAUCUAAUGCCCUUGACCUGUCGUCUGGUCCAAACCAGCACGGCCAAUCUCCGGGUCUAAUUAUGAUCGUUAACGGCCAAGACGCCAGCCCCUCAACCAAACAUCCUGAUGCUCCUCCUCCAGCUCCUACUGGCCUCAUCGUCAACGGCUCUUCCUCGGCUGAGAACCGUCAUCCACUGGAGCCUAUGGGGGCAGAGGUCACGAUGGAGGCUAGAGCUGUUCCUGAACUGAUGCAGAUGGGAGAGAGAUACUAUCUUCUGGGGGCUGCUGUAGUGGCUGUCUCGCUGUUCAUGGCCUGGAGGAUGAGGAAUUAACAACCAGGGUUUAGGAUAUAGGUUGUCUCAAAUGGCACCAUGUUUAUAUAUAAAGGCAGUGUUUGGCAACUGUCCUUUUGGGCGGUUCUGGCCGAUCUACUGUUUCUGUAGUGAGGCAGCUUGAAAAGUAAUUACACAGCCUAGACAAAGUAUUGCACUAUAUUGGAAAUAGGGCCACGGCAAAAGUAUUGCAGAAAAAACACGAAAUAUUAUAGUUCAAUGUGUUAAGAGAUUAUUAUAUUGGUUCAGUCGCUUAUUGUAUUGAAGUGAAUGAGCUGAAAUGAACUAUUUAUUAGGUGAUGCAAUGAGUUCAACCCAAUUAACACCAAUAUAUAUAUAUAUAUAUAUAUA